UUUAAAAUUUAAGUAACACACAAGUACGAAAACACUCGGGUACAGCCCAUCGAAAAAUAAAAACAAUAUAGAGAUGGGCAGUUUAGAGUGCUACCAUAUUUUAGUGUAUCUAAACAAGGAUCAGGAUGAUGCUGUGAGGGAUCUGUUCAGUAAAAAGAAAUGGAUAUAUCAAAGAGAAGUUGUGAGAGAGGAAUUAGUUAACAAACUUCAAGAACUUCAACAAUCAAAUAGGUGUCUGUCAAAGACAGGAAGGAAUUCUCUGAGAAGCUCAGCACGGUCUAAAUUGAGGACAGUGCAAUCUGUUAAAGAUGAUGGUGAAAAUAAUAAACUUCAAAAAGUGCCAAAAGUUAAGUCAGGUAGAAAGAGACUGGAGAAAAACUCUAAAGAUGACAUAGUCGAGGUCAGACAGCCACAAAGACAUGAAACAAAGGGUAAAAAUGACUCAAUAAAUAUAAAUGUUCGUUUUUCAAAGAGCGAUGAGUCACAGGAAGUGCACGAGGAUAAUACUGUACACGCUGCAGACACUGAUACUAACUAUGAUGAGAGAAAAAACGAAUUAAGCGGAAUAGCUAGUCCUGAAGAUUUCUCUGAAAUACACAUCCCAUCAUUGCCUUUGGAUAUAGCCAAAGGAGAAAUUGAUAACAGUAUAAAAGAUGACAACAAGUUAUAUCAAGGUGACAAUGCAGGGACUGAUAAGGACGCUGAUUCAGAAUCUUUACUGAUGGAUUUUGGUCAGUUAGAUGAAAGCAGUCAGGAUGUGAGAGAGUCUGUAGAUGAUAAAGGUAUUAAAAUAGAGGAGGCAGUAACUCAGGAACUCAAAAUGGAGAUUAAGCCUGAGCUGGGAAAUCCACUAGAUAAUCAUAUAUACUUCGAUGACAGUAAUGAAUUAGAUAGUAUAAUACAUAAUUCUUUACCAAAGAAAGCAAAACACAGAACUUUGAUGUCAAAAUUAAAGAAAAAGAGAUUAAAAAUCUUACACAGUAAAAAUGAAGACUUUUUAUCGGGGAAUUACAAGCAAGUUCGACUUGAAGAUGGGAAAGUUUCAGCUGAGAAUCUUCCAAUACAGUGCUAUCAUUGUGACCGUAGAUUUGCUUACGAGAAAUAUCUCAAGAAACACAUCAACAGAGUUCAUCCACGGGAGUCUAUUGGAAUGUAUUGUGAAUACUGUUCAGCAAAUUUUAAAAGGCGUCAAGAUCUUUACGCCCAUAUAAAAGAAGCACAUCCAGACAGGAGAAAUAAGAAUAUACAGUGUGACCUGUGUGGCAACGUAUUUAAAUCGAAAGGAUCUUAUGACGAACAUAGGAAAGCUGUUCAUACAGAUAUUAGGGCAUUUGAAUGUGAAAUUUGUAACAAGUCGUAUAAAUCAUUCAGAGUGUUAAAAAUUCAUCGCCUUCGGCACGGACCUGCCAACGAGAUUUGUAACGUAUGUGGUAAAACAUUCCGAUUAAGGUCGGAGGUUAAACAUCAUAUGAGGAGACAUAUGAACGAUCGGAGAAUUCAGUGCGAUACUUGUGAUAAAGUAUUUUAUCGUAACAGUGAGUUAAAAAAUCAUCAGCGCAUUCACACGGGUGAGAAGCCGUAUAAAUGUACACUAUGUACCUAUGCGUGCACCAUUAAAGGUAACCUUGAUAAGCAUUUACGAACACAUCAGAAAAGUGGGAAUUCGGGUAAUACUAUAUUUGGGAAAAAGGGAAAAGUAAAUGAGGUAAUAAUUCAGAGUCUUCCAAAACAUUCAUUAGCUAAUGUUAUACAAACAGAAAUGGGAAUAGACAAUUCUUCACUUAAUAUAUCAUCGAGGCAAAAUCUGAAUGAUACUAACAUAGAAUCUGUAAAUCAGAACUCUGGACCGUCUGUUGUCAGUAUUAUUCCACACAGUGCCCCUGAAAUGGUGUUAACAGUGGUUCCUGUAAAUUCAUCUGAAGGUCCCAAUCGUAAAGAGAAAAUGUUAGAGGUUUUGUCUAGUGCGGAACCGAAUUUGACAAACAUGUGGUUAUAUCAUGGACUGGAACAGCAAGAAAGAGCUGCUGUUGAAACGAUACAACAGUGGCAGAUGAAAGGCUUUGAAAUAAAUCAAGGUACCGAAAAUAUUCCCCAGAAUAUUGCACAGAAUUCCACGGUAAGAAGUCAAGACUUGGAAUGUCGAAGGGAAGCACAAGUAUAUGCCCAGAUGACGUCUGCUGUUAAUAAGAUAAAACCAGUUGAGAGGAUGGUUCCUGAUGUCGUUGCUAAUGCAACAGCUGCAGCAGGUAUACAAGUUGUCUACCCUACAGAUGUGCAUAACUCUCGAACUGAAGAGAAAAAUGACAUUCCAACAUCACUGAAAGAUGAGCAAAUAAUCACAUCAUCUGCAGGUUGUUAUCAGCCAGGUUCAAGCUCAAAUUUGUUGCCUAAAUUACCAGAGAUUGGUUCCCUGCAGUGGCAGCAAGUUACUGAGAAAGGAGUUGAUGCUGUUUCAGCCACGUUAACAAAUCCAAUAUACACACAGCUAAAGUCAGGGUCACAAAUUAUUGAAGAAAGUGAUCUAACUGUAGCAUGGCCUACAACCUCAACCUCAGGCAACACAAUACCGCCAAACAACCACAUUAUUGUGCAUGGGUUCCAAGGGAAUAUAUACUAAAUCUUUUAUUAUUUAUUAAAAUAUUGAUUGUUCUAUUUAUAUUUUUGAUCGUAAGCAAUCGAUUUGAAAGUGAAAAAUAUCAAUAGGUGCAUUUCAUAAGUUAAAUAAAAUGUUUAUAUUGCGCUGUAUGACAGGAGUUUCCUGGGUUAGAUACAUUUUUUAGCCAGUUUUUCUAAUUAUAAGGUUUGAGUAUGUCAGCAGGCAGGUGGAUGUGAUAAACUUGGUAAGUCCAAGGGAUUUCAACCAAACUUUUGCAGAACUAUUGUCACUAAAUGACCAAAUACAUAUUGUUGGGAUUUUGUGAUUUGAUCAUUUUUGGCAAAAUUAUGGCCUUUUGUCUCUUUCUCACAGAAGUGAUAGGUAGAAAACCUUGUGUGUUUUAUUUUUGACCAUGUCUUGUCCUGUGUAUAUUUUAUUCAUGGAGACAAUAUAUCCUUAGCAGCUUGUCGUCUGCUGCAGAUAAAUAUUAUUAAUUCAUAAUGAGAAAUUGGCAAUAUGAAGAACAAACCCAAUAAAUAAGUACAUGAAUUGACUCAAAAGCAUUUAAUGUGGCUAAUCCUAAACCUGUUCAGUUUUUAUAAUGGAUUUACCCUGACUUAAAUUUGGAACAGUUUUUAAGAGAUUUUGAUAUCAAAAUUUAAAAAAAAUGGCUACCAACAGUAUAGAGCCUGAUCAAACUGCAUGGAUAAUUCAUUGUGUACUGUGGUUUAAUAUUUUUUGGGGGGCAAAUUAAUAAGAUUUUCAGAUUUCAUACAAAAUUAAAAAAAAUUUUGUAACACUAGCAGAGGGUGUAGUAAAAUUAAAAUUUCUGUACCCAAAUUAAUAUCUUUACAAGCUGGCCAGACUUACUGGGGUGACCUUUUGCUUUGAAGUUUCUAGCAGGCUUAACACCCAUUCAAACAAAUCAAAUGUAUGCUGUUAGGAUAUAAUAUAUGGAAUACAAAAUUUACAUUAUGCAUGAAUAUGUGGCAAGGAUUUUAAGCUUGUAUAUUUUUAUGGACAUUGUUCAAGUCAUGUUUAAGUGAUAUUAUUUAUAAAGCUAGAAUUUUUAACGUAGUGUAUUUUAAGGAUAUUCCUCUUUUUUGAGGCAUGUAUAUAUACAAUGUAAAAAUUAUUUUAUGAAUAUGUGACAAGGGUUUUUAAGUUACAUAUGGGCAUAGUAAUAGUCAUGUUUUAGUGAUAUUAUUUAUAUAAAGAUAGGAUUUUUAACAUAAUGUUAUUAAUGUAAGGCCCAUUAUAUGCCCCACAAAUUUUUUUUUUUUUUAUUUCUCAAAAUGUAAUUAUUUUUGGAGUACUUUUAUAGUUUCCAAAAAAAUAAAGAUAUUCAUUGGUUAAUUAUAAACCAUCUUUUUCAUCUGCUGCGUUUUGGCAAUAAGUAUAGUUAUAAUGAUUUUGUAUGAAAGUCAAAAUACUACUUUGUUUACAUUUUGCUACCUUUACGACAAAUUAUUUCACAUUUAUCACCACUUUCUUCAGGUAUAACAAUCAUCUAACCUUCUCUAAAACUAUUAUUUAAACAUUAUAAGAUAUAUGCUUGCUCUUCCUAGAGAAGUAAAAAUUUAUUUAUUUCUGAGGCAUAAUAAUAUAAUAUCUUUUAUUGAGGCUUGUAUAUAUUCAAAGGUACCAAGGUGCCAUAUGAGUUAAGAUUAAUUCCUAACAUUAUUCUCCCAAAGAUUUCAUAUUUAUUUAUGUAAAAUAUUUAUU